AUGCCUACUCGUAAAGCUCGAGAGGUCAAAUCCGCCGCACCAUCACCCUCACCAGCUCCAUCGGCCGGCCGAACCAGGGCGACACGUUCGAAAUCCAGUAAAGCCCCUUCGGAAGUAUCCUUACCUGAAACAGAAACAGAGGUCGAGACGGAUGUUGCUGAGAGCGCAGAGGAGGGUGAUAGCACCGAGGCGGAAGUGGAGGUUGAGGGUCAGGACGUAGAGGCAGUAGCUGAUGCUCAAGUAGAGGAAGCUAGUGAAGCGGAAAGUAAGAAAUUGACCCUGGAAGAGAGGAUGGCGAAAAUGAAGGAAUUGAGAAUGAGGAUGAAUCAAUCAACUCAACAAAACCGUAAAGACCUGAUAGCAGACCAUCAGAAAUCUAAAGUGACGGCCAAAGAGCUAGCUCGAUUGGAGAAACAGAAGAAGCUCGCUCAGACAUUGAGGUUGAAAGCUGAAGCUGAAGAGAACGGCGAAGAUCUAGAGAGAAAGAAGAAUUGGGAGUAUAGUAUAGAAGAUAAUGAGAGGUGGGAAAAGAAGUUGGAGGAGCAGAGGGUCAAGCAGGAUACUCAUUUUCAUAACGCCGAAGACGAUGCUCAUAAGCGAUACAACCGUAACAUCCGAUCUACCAAAGUCGAUCUGGCAUCUUACGAAAGGCAGAAGGAGGCAGCUCUGGGAUUGGCUCCUGGAACAUUGGUUUCUGCUGGUGGAUCUUCCAACGCUGUAGCAGGAUCAUCUAAAUCAGGCGCUCUAACUGCUGCCGAAGAUCUAUAUAGAGGUUCAGAUACCUUGGCAUACGGUGAUCACAAACCUUCGGAAGAUGCCCUUGAUAGAGUUGCAGAGAAGAUCAACAAAGAUAUCGGUAAAUACGGUAAAAGGAAGAACAAGAAAGAUGACGAAGAUGAUGAAGUUACAUAUAUCAACGAGAGGAAUAAGGUAUUCAACAAGAAGGUCGCUAGGUACUUUGAUAAAUACACGAAAGAAAUUCGAGCCAAUUUCGAAAGAGGAACAGCUUUAUAG